GUUAAGGUCAAAGGUCGUGCCGGCAGCUCUCACAUGAUGCAAGACGACUGGACCGAAACUGGACCGAAACUGAACACUUGUAUAAAACGUUAGUGCCAUAAACGUUUAUUACAGUUCAUUGAGAGCGUCUCACUCAGAGUGGAAACCCAUAGAUUCAUCUAGGGCCCAAGCCUGUCUUUUUCACGCCACUUGUAGGCCCACGUGCCAUCUGUCCCACAAGUCUGUCUGAGACUUGCCACAAGUCAGGGAAGAGAUGGCAGAGAGUGAGACACCUGACAGCUGGGAAGAGCUGGAUGAGGAGGCAGGGGAAGCACCUGACAUCUCAAAUGAUGCAGCUACAGAUGCAGCAGCAGAUGGAGAGAUACCUGAUACAGCUGACAGCUCCGAUGAUAGCUAUGAGGACCCCGAGGAAGCAGCAAGGCCAACAUCCCCUCCAUUCGAUUCCCAAAGGAGGUUAUCCUCUGAUGAAGAUUCAGAUACUACAGUCAGUGAGUCAGGGGAGUCAGAUGGUGCCAUGGAAGAUGGAGAUGACAGUGAAAUAAGUUCUGUUGCUAAGAUGUGCCUGAGGCACCUCCCAGCUGAUAACUACAUCAAGCCACAAUGGGUGAGCCUGUUACAUGACUUUGUGGACUCAGAGCUGUUCAUCAUCGAUGGGGAUUCUCUGCUCCUGGAGCUGCUGUCAGAGGUAAAUCUGGACUGGGUCAGUGGAGGACAGUACCUGCACUUCAUCUUCCUGCUGGAGAGGUUCCUCCACACCUUUCAGCAGCUCGGCGGAAUCUUCCACAUCGUCUUCUUCGGAGACAUGCGGGUCCUGUGGGCCGGCUGUCCCUCCAUGUCCCUCGCUCGUGAAGUCAUGAUACUCCACCUCCAACAGAACACUCCCUACACCGUCACAACCUACAUCCCAUCAGCUGACUCCGAAGACUGGAUACAGUAUCUUCAAAAGAACAGGCCGGCCUUCGUUGCGCUCUCUGACGGCAACCAGAACCUUCCUCUAGGGCUACCCAAGGAUGCGGUUGUGGCAGUGUUUAAGACGUUGUUUCUCCACGUCUUGAGAGGGCGGGUGAACUGCGUGUUCAUGUCAGAAAUAGAGCACACGGCGACCAAGGCAUACGGGUUUUACCUUGAGUACUACCCUCACAAGAUGCUAAAGUGGUUAAAGGCCUACUUGAAGUACAGGCAGGAAGGACAGCACCCUUCAAUGUUGAGUGUUCUGCAACAAAAUGCAACAGAAGACUGCAAAGAUGCAGAACAGCUAAGAGCAAAAUUGUUAAAAGUGCUGAGCCUGGGUUCAUCACUACCAGGAGGUGUGAGAGACCUUGUGACAGUAGUGGCCUGCUCUCAAGUGCUGGAACAGGGACUAACAACUGCCGAUCCACAAGUCAGACAGGACAUCGUACGUUUGUUCCUGCUGCAUGUCAUGCUGCUGCGACACCUGUCACUCAAACAGAGAGCCCAGCGGCUGAGGGACCUGAACAAGGCUCCUUUCUCAUUCCCUGUUGAACUACUAUCAACUGUAAGGGAACAGGUUCAAGUAUACAUGGUGGAUAUCCUAAAUGAGUGCAGUAAACUUGGCUACAUCGGUCAUGAGAUGGACACAAAGUUCCUGUCGGACAUCAUGGACGGGCGGCUGUUUCUGCAGCUGUCCUAUCUCUUCCUGGACGCACACAGUAGAGGACAGCAGGAUGGAUUUUCAUUGCCAGAUAAGCUGAAAGCUCUGCGAACCAACACGGUGACCAAAGCUGCAUUCUUCCCAGUGUCCAAUGAGCUGGUAGAUGCAUUUGCUGGAAGUGUGAACGACUGUCUUCCACAUCUGGAUAGGACAGACAGACAGGUGACCGCUGCCAUUACCGAGAAUGAAGACUUUGACGAGACCUACCAUUGGCAUUCUGGGAAGCCCCUCGCCGACGACUAUGAUAACACAAAGGAUACCUUCAACCUAGAACAAUUGCCAGCUGACAAAUGGGAGAGGAGGAUGUUCCUGAAAGGCAAACAGAAGUUUAGCAGACACAUGCAGUCCUACGGAGAGUCACUAGAGGGCCCAGGUUUCAGAAAAGUCCCCAUUGUUGUCCGUCAGAAGGCUGACCAAAAGCAGGAAGAGAAAGAGAGGAAGAAAAAGGAGCGUCAAGAAAUGGCAAAGACUGCUAAACAGAAGACUGUUAAAAAAUCCAAGAAAGAUCUGAUCAUUGAAGCACGCAUGAAAAAAGAAGAAGAGGCAAAAACAUCACAGAUGCUUCAGCAGUGGCAGACUUUGAAGACAUCCCUGAAGACCAGCAAAGCUGUGAAGUCCAUACAGGAGCUGGAGCGGUUCCUGGAGAGGUGUGACCGUGAACAGGUGCCGCAGGUGGCAACACAGGUGCAGUUGGCCAUCCUCCAGCACCUGGUGGACAUGUGGAAGGAACAUUGCUCUAAAGGAGGAGGAAAAGCAGGUGAAAGUGGUCAUCCCAACAUGAAGACUGCUGUUGACAUUGUUAAAACAGUGUCGGACAUUGUUGAUAAGUAUGGGCAGCACCUGGACUCCCAGCAGAGACAGGAGCUGGCAGGUGUACUCAGGUUACUGGGACUGUCUGACAUGGUACCUUACAUCCUAACUGAAGGAGGGGAGGGGGGCUUGCUGGCUGAUGGUUCAAAGACUAAAAAGAAGACUGCUGAAGACCUGAGGAAGUUUUCCGUCCAGAUGAGCAGUAACAGGUUCCAGCUGCAGCACAUGGGGCACCUGCUGAAGAGGGAGGGGAGGGAGGAUCCCGAUCCCAGGGUGCCACAGUUCAUCCCUGAUACCUGGCAGAGAGAGUUGCUCGAUGCAGUGGACAACAAUGAGUCAGCCCUGAUUGUAGCUCCGACCUCCUCGGGGAAGACCUAUGCCUCCUACUACUGUAUGGAGAAAGUACUGAGAGAUGGGGAUGAUGGGGUGGUAGUCUAUGUCUCCCCAACCAAGGCCCUGGUAAACCAAGUCGCUGCAACCGUGUAUGCUCGCUUCAGUAACAAGACGAUGCCAGAUGGAAUGUCAGUGUACGGUGUCUUUACCAGAGACUACAGGCAUAAUGCUCUCAACUGCCAGAUCCUGGUGACAGUUCCUCAGUGUUUGGAGAUCCUGUUACUCGCUCCUCACCGCCAGAAGUGGGCCCAGAAAAUCCGCUACGUAAUAUUUGACGAGGUCCACUGCAUGGGAUCAGAGAUAGGUGCUGAGGUUUGGGAACACCUGCUCUUACUCAUCCCUUGCCCUUUCCUGGCUCUGUCUGCAACAAUAUCCAACCCACAUGACCUUCAAAGCUGGCUACAGUCUGCAAAGGACUUUCAAAAACAGUUGGAUGGUCAGGCAAGUCGGAAGAACAAAGCCCAACCACAGUCGUACAAUGUCCGCUUAGUGGUGUAUGGAGAACGCUACUCUGAUCUGGAGAAGUACAUCUACCUACCCUGCAAAGACUCUCCAAACAGUCUUGUUCCAAUGCACCCCUACUCUGUGCUGACACUGAAACAGCUCCAGGACAACCUGGAUAAUCCGGAUGGAGCAUUCCCACGGGACUUGACUCUGUCCCCCAGGGAGACACUACAGCUGUACGACACUAUGACUCGAGUCUGGCCAGAACGAGACAGCUUAAAGGCACUAGAGGCAGAUGCGUACAGGGACUUUGCCACCCGUGAUCAGCUUCUCAUCACAAAGGCCCAGGCUCGGAAGUAUGAGGCUGACUUGAAGAGUGAACUUGUUAUGUGGCUUAAGGAGCAUCAAGAGCAAAAGGUUUGCAGUGUCAUAGGAGUGCUGAAGAGCCACAUGGUGCGGCAGCAAUCCACCUGUGCUAAAGAAUUUGAGAAAUAUCCUAUCGACAUCACCGGCAGAAACUUUCUGAAGUAUGAGAUAGCUGCACUGUUGGACAAGUUGAAACAAGAAGACAAGCUUCCAGCUCUUGUGUUCAGUUUUGAUCGUGGCGUGAUACAAGAUCUCGUAGACGAAGUGGAUGUAACCCUGUCUAAGAUGGAAGCAGAGACCUUGGAAAGCAUGGGAGUCACCCAGUCUAGUAUCAAGAAAGACCAGUCCACAAUGAGAAAAGUUGAGAAGGAGAAAAAACGUGUUCGAGACAAAGAGCAAAAAAAAGAGCAGAAGUCAUCAGGGAAAAAUAUCCUGGAAGCUAAGGAUGUGCCAGACUCUGUUGAACAAGUGAAUCAGGAUGCAGCAAACAUGCGCCGUGCUUUUUUGAAACACAGCUUUGUUUCUGAAGGCCUCCACAGCUCUAAGGAACUGGAGAAAUAUCAGAGGAGGCUCUACUUCCUCUCAGAGGAUCAUCUUCUGAAGAGAGGAAUAAGGAGAGGGAUAGCAUAUCACCAUGCUGGGAUGAAUGCAAAGCAAAGGGAGGCUGUGGAAACAAUGUUCCGAAACAAGCAUCUAAAGGUUGUCGUGGCAACUACAACCUUGGCACUUGGUAUCCACAUGCCCUGCAAGACUGUGGUGUUUGCUGGUGACUCUGUGUAUCUGGAUGCCCUGGAGUACAGACAGAUGUCUGGGCGUGCGGGCAGACGAGGAUUCGACCCUGUCGGCAAUGUAGUGUUCUUUGGGUUGCCGAGACCCAAGAUCAACAGGCUGCUUGCUGCUAAUGUACCCUGUCUGACAGGGAACUAUCCGCUGACGUCCAGUCUGGUGCUCAGGCUCAUGCUGCUGACCACUCGGGGAGAUGACAAAACAGAUGCUUUCAACAGGGCUCUCAACCUCCUGAAGCAUCCAUUCCUGUCUCACAACAAGCCUCACUUUCAGGACCAGCUGCAGCACCACUUCCUCUUCAGUGUGCAGUUCCUCAUGCGCCAGGGCCUGCUAGACCUGGAGGGCACCCCACAAGGCAUGGCAGGCCUGGCCAGCCACCUGCACUAUCAUGAACCCUCCAACUUCGUCCUGGUCUGGCUACUCCAAAAGGGCAUCUUUCACAAGAUCUGCGUGCCCAAAGAUGGUUCUAGCAACGAGUUCUCUGAUGACGUGUUGCGUCGACUGGUGCUUAUUCUGGCCAACCUGUUUGGAAGGGAGUUCCUGCCAGCUUUCUUCACUCCACAAACAGUCAAAAACAUGCAACAAAGGAAGAAACUCAGCCAGUCAAAGCUGAUUCUGGAAGACCUGCCGGAAUUAGUGUCUUCAUCCAUCAAGGAGUAUAACCAACAGACACUGAAACUCUUCCACUCCUACCUCUGCACUGUGGCAGAGGCCCUGGCCCCUCGACUUGGUCAGGAGACCAGCCUACCUGCAUCCCAAAUAGAGUUCUUAUCGGCAGGCACUGAUGCCUUAUCGGCAGACAGUAGUCAGACACUGGUAACAAAACUGCAGCAGUCCCAGAUUCACUACAGUGUAGUCUCGGCUUUUGCAUCACUGUCUGGGCUCGACGAUGACAAGCUUCAGGAGUCACAGAACAUGUUUGAGUCCGUGCGACAAGGUCUGUACAUUGACAGGGACUCAGCACCCAUCUUUCCCCUUAAGAAGUUUGACAGACGUGGUCGUCGCCAGUACCUGAACUCCUAUGCACUGGACUUCUUCAAACACCAGUGCUAUCAGGCAAUCAUCGAUGAUAAUGGUUUGAGAAGCGGGGAUGCCUAUCGACUCCUAAAGGAUUUCAACAUGACAAUCAUGUCAAUCUACACUGCACUGGAACAGCUUGGCUAUGAGGAGGACAAUGUGGUCAGGGCUUUUAAACAACUCAAUCAGAAGUAUAAUGAAGCUUUCUGUAAUGCCUUCUCUUAUGAAAAAUAAGUGCAUACUUAAAUGCAACCUGGAAAGAGUUUGUGCCAGAUAAUUUUCACAAAUAUUAUCGUUAUUGUAACAUUCGUUCACUUAGCCCUUACAGUGCCUAAUGGCGAAUAUACCUGGUCAGCAUGUAUCCUUGUUGUUUCAGUAACACAGUAUAAUUUUUCAAAGGGAGGGCUUGCUAGCCCUUCCCUUAACUGUGAAUGACGCAAUUCAUUAAUGCACUAGACAGCAACAUUGUAGAUCAAAUUAAAACAUUAGUUUUAAUAGGCCAAGAAAUUGACUUUAUUCUCUAAGGGUUUUUGAUGAACAAAAUUGAUAUUUGAUGAUCUGUAGUUUUGGAAGCAAAUUUAAAAUUUUCAACAUAUAUUAUCAAUAGAGAUGAACAGACAUGGACCAAUUUAAGGAAAAGGUUAAAGAUUAAAUAAUCUACCCAGAUUUAAAGAAACAUGGUCAGCUACAGUGUUGACAUCUAGCAGUUACUAAAAGGAGCAAGUGAAAUUUCAUUGAAAGAUAGGUGGGGUGUAUUUUGUUUUUCAUUUACUUCAAGGAAAAAUAGUGGUGGUGAUUCUGAUAACCAAUGGAAGAGAUCUUUGUGGCAUGAAUAAGAUAUUAAGAGAUAUCCUUGUCCUCGGUUAAUGACAUUAAGCACCUGCUCGCUUGUGGUUGAUGAGGCAAAUACAUGUUAAGUACUAAUAGUCAGCAUACAAAAUUACCUCAGUUCUGAUUGAUAACAUGAUCAUAGAAAACCUGUGUCCUAACUCCAACUUGCGAAUCAAUAUGUAGUGGUUACCUUGUCAGCUAUUAUUAUCUUGCUGUCUUACAAAUAUCUUAUUAAUAUUAUAGUUGGCAUAUUGUCCUCAGAUAAGUACUGCAGUUAUCAACUGCUAUCAUCAUCAUACAGAAUACAUCAUCAUCACUUUAGAAACAUGACACUUAGUAGUGAUUUAUUGUAGUCUUGAAGUUCAAUUUAAGUUGCAAUUAUCACAUAAUAAGGAAGUUUGGGUAAUCAAUAAGAUUAUACAAGAACAUUGCUCAAUGGUGCUAAUAAAGGUAAAAUGAAUCUGAAAAUGCU